CUACCAUCUGAAGAUUGACUGAAUAGAGGAAGGGCACGUUGGGUCUUCAUCUCAACUUGAUCUCGACUUCACAAUCACUCUGCGACACUCUUCCUGUCAUUCACUACCUUUAUUGCACAUAAAAUGGCGUCUGCACCAAAACAAGGCCAAACCCUUCCUAGAAUGCCAGUCGUGGUGCCUAAUAUGACCGCCCCAUCGAAUGACCUGAAGCUCACUGCGGGGGGAGCUAGCAACAUGAACGAGAAUGCCAAUGACAGUACAAACGAAACGACCCCUGACGUAUGGGAUACCGAAAUGCAACUCGUCUCCUCUCUCGCGAAGCUCCAGAAAAUGGAAGCGAUGAUCCACCAACUUCGGACUCUGCUCCCCGAGCGUCUUCUGGAGCCUCUGGCACCAAUUGUCAACCCCAAAGCUGCGGCGGGAAGACCGGCCCCUAAGUCGCCGCAGAUGCUGUACGAACAGCUCGCUCAAGCAUCGCGGGCUGGCGUCUCUGAAGUGCAAGAGUUUCAGUCGAUGUGGCGCAGUCCUGAGAUGAAAGCCGUCUGGGAUCGGAUUGAUGCUCAGAUCAAAGAAAACGGCGGCCGCAUGCUGCAGCCAACGGGCACCUGGGAGCAAGAUUAUGAUACGAUUCUAGCGGAGCUCCGCAAAGAAGAGCAAAUCCAGAGUGAUCAGCAGCAAAGAGCCAACGAGGAGCUGGAGCGCUCGAAGAUUCAGGCCACCGAGGGUGGGUGGAGAGCGAUUGUCGAGGGUUUUGCCCAGAAGAACGUGCCCGGGGUGCGGGUUCUGCCUAGCCAGAACGAAGCGGCCGUCACGGUUGUGCUUGUGAAAGCUGGUAUGGCGCUCAAGGUUGAUGCCAUCGCAGGACAGGAUGGGAACGGCGUUCCUGACUGGCGGGUCUCAACGAAGACGCAGCAGGGACAGACACCGUCGAAGCUGGAGAUCGCGGUGGUGCAAUGCUUGAAUGCUCGUCCGCGACAAUGGGAUCUGCAUUAUCUACUGGACAUGAUAUCAUCCUACUCGAAUAUCAAGCAAGCACCCUGUUUGAAAUGCAACAGAAUGACCGACAACACGGCCACCCUUCCCACAAUUCGCAAACCAUCUUCAGUUCCUCAGCAGGCCACUCCAACUUGGGAACCCUAUCAUCAAGCUUGCAUCGCAUGAUAAAGAGCGGUAGUAAGGUCCGUUCUCGUGCAGUUCGACACUCGUGCUUGCACAAACUCGCCUCCCCGAUUAUCUGGAUACCACUGCAUGUCCCUCACUUCAUCUGGGAUUAUGUUUGUUGCCCUUGCAACUCCUUGUUCUCAUCACACAGAGCUUUCACUUUAGGCCAAUUGUGAUUCCACCUUUUGACCAAACAGGGAUACAACUUUGCCU